AUGGCCUCAGAAAAUCAAGCCGCAGAUAAUGCGAAUGCAAAGGCUCCCAACAAUCCCUUUAAUUUUCAAACCCAGGUGAUUUCUACAUCGCCAGUCACAUCCAACAUUGGACAGCGUCGCGGACACAGGUACAAGCAUAGUAGCAUCUCUGCUCAGCACCAGAUUUUCCAAGAACCUCCGCAGCGACCGCCUCCCGUUCUGCCGGCUUCGCUACCUAUACCAACAAUUUCUGAAGCAUGGAAAAGCAUGAACAAGGACCAGAGGAAGAGGCUUUACUGGAGUUUGUGCCACCUGGCAGUCGCCAUCUUCAUAUUCUUCAAGUCAGAAGGAUCACUCUCCGCAAUGGCCUUGUCUCAUCUGGUUUUCUUCGACGCAGGCAGUGCUGCUGUAUGCGUUGCUGUGGAGGUGCUGGGUAAUUUCGAGGUGUGGAAGCGUAGCAGCAUCCGCCAUCCUUUUGGGCUUGAGAGAGCUGAAGUCCUUGCUGGAUUUGCCAUGUCCAUCUUCCUGCUCUUUGGAGGGUUUGAUCUCGUGUCACACAACCUCAAACACUUCCUGGAAACUCUAGGCAAUCACGAGGCCCACCAUGAACAUGGCCAUGACCAUGUAUCUGCUGGUUCGAUCGACCUCGUAGCCGCUGUUGCCAUUCUCAGCACCCUCACUUCCGCUUAUGGUUUGAGAAAUCAUUCCCGCAUUGCCAAGGUCAUGAGAGUCUCGUACUUGGCCGCACUGCCUAGUAUUCUCUCCAAUCCAUUCCAUUUCCUCACACUGCUCUUCUCUGCUUUCAUUGCAGCGCUGCCCCUUUUCUCCAUUUCUCUAUAUACAUGGCUGGACAGACUGAUCUGUGCUGCCAUUGCGGUAGCCAUGUUCGGUGUCGGCAUACGCGUGGUCAUUGCACAAGGCCUGAUGUUGCUCCUAUCCUACGGCGGAACCAACGGAAAUUCAGGGGUUUCCUCAGUUCUACGAGAAAUCGAAUCAGACUCUACCAUCGUCCGCGUGGACGAGUCUCAGUUUUGGCAGGUUCAUUACGGCUUAUGUAUGGCCAACCUGAAAGUCAGAGUACCAAGGGGAUACGACGAGGUUACGAUAGGUAGAUUACGUAGCCGGGUUUCAUCCUUGAUUCAAAACAGACUCGGAGAGGGUUAUGGCGUUGGCGGCAGUAUACGUUGGGAGGUGACAUUACAGAUUACCUCUGAAGGGGGCUCUUGA